CGCACGGUGCUUGCGCAAGCGCACAACCGCAAGCCCCCGUAGCUCCGAGCUUGUGGAAAACGAACGACUUGUGGGGAGGUUGAGCUGCUUGCACUAUGUCUGAAAUGAACGAGCUGUCCGAGCUCUAUGAGGAGAGCACCGAUCUGCAAAUGGAUGUGAUUCCUGGUGAGAGUGACCUUCCGCAUAUGGAGGUAGGCGGCGGGAGCCGGGAGCUAUCCCCGAACCCCUCCCGCGCCGGGGCCCCGCCACAACUGGAGGAGGAAGGCCCAAUGGAGGAGGAGGCGGCCCAGCCAAUGGCGGAGCCACAGGGGCCCCGAGGCCUCGCUAGCCGGCCCAGCCCUGGGGAGCAGCCAGGCCAGAUCGCGGGCCCUGAUUUCGAGAGCGAGGACGAGGGCGAGGGCGAGGAAUUCGAUGACUGGGAGGACGACUAUGACUAUCCGGAAGAGGAGCCGCUCAGUGGUGCGGGCUACAGAGUAUCAGCGGCCCUUGAAGAAGCCAACAAGAUGUUUCUGAGAACCUCCAGAGCCAGAGAAGCAGCUCUGGAUGGCGGGUUUCAGAUGCAUUAUGAGAAGACCCCGUUUGAUCAAUUGGCUUUUAUCGAAGAGCUUUUUUCACUUAUGGUUGUCAAUCGUCUGACAGAAGAACUCGGCUGUGAUGAGAUCAUUGACAGAGAGUAGUUAAAUGCUGUUAAGAGAGGAGGAAGCUGCCUGAGGAGAGACCCAGCAUUCCACUGUCUUUUGGGUUCAUUCCAAAUAGUUCUGUGCCAAUGAAAAAAUCUUCCAAAAAAAAAUUUUUUUUUUUUCUGCAGAGUAGAAUAAGGUAGUGACUGCACAGUUAUGAAAAAGGAAGAAAAUUGUUAAAGAAGAGUAUCUUAGUACUGUUGAAACCUGUUUUCAAGAAUGUCCAGAGACACGGCUUUGACUUUGUUGUUUAUUCAGAGUAAUUUCCUUGCAUCGAGGAAGAUAAUCUUUCAUGUUUCCCUGUAAGGAAUGGCUUUUCAAGAAUAAGUUAUGACCAAGAUAGACUGCCAGUACAAGAGCCCACUGAUGAUAAUUAUAUGAGAAAAAGUAACUGAUGUAUCCACCUUAGGACAUAAGAUGUCUUUGAGUUAUUUGGACUGAAAGCAUACUGAGAAAACUUUAAAGAUUCAAGUUUGUCAUCUAUCCGAGCUGUGGUUAUCAAAGGCUAAAUUUUUAGUGUAAAAUAAAUCUACCGAGUAUUCUUCAGUAUCUCAAAGGAUAAUCUACCCCCAAAAGAAGUAUGUGUCUUGUGUGCUAUAUCUUAAAACGUGUUUCCAAGAACAACUGAGAUUUUGUUUGUACAUAUAUCUUGAUCAUUUUUAAAGCUACUGUAAUCUUUAAUUCAAGAAAAUUCAUUGCCUUGAACAUUUUUAAAAGUCAAAACUUAAGACGUCCUUAAUAAAGUUUCAAAUUUAGACUGUAAAAUGUACAUGAAGGUACAAAGAACACAAACUCUUUCAAACAUCAGUAUAUACUAGAGAAUUUUCUGUUUCACUUGCUCUCUUUUUUCAUUUAACUUUACAGGCAAAAGACUCUGGUUGAACUUCAUAAUGUAAGAACUGUUAAAUGAACAUUGUCUAGUAAAAGGAAAGCCCUACAUCUAAAAAAAGACACUAUGAACAACCCUUAAAAGUUUUAAAUCUGCCCAGAAAUCCACCUCAGUAUCUGAAGUUUCCCUCUGUCUCCUCCUCUAAUUAAGCUUGUUUUUGGUUAUGCACCAGCAUUCCAAAUAAUAAAGAUUUCUUGUUCUCUGUA